GCGCUUGGGGACCAGGGCGAGGCGCUAGAGGGCCAGAAUCAGCCCAAGGAAAGGUCCGUGGCCAAGACUGAUGACAAGGAGCACGACACCAAGAUGGAUCUGACCUGCGGGGAUGAGAUCGUCGCCGGCAUGAACAUCAUGGCAAAGCAGGAAGCCACCCAGGCGCAAAUCGGUGACGAGGGUGACGUUGGGAGCAGGGAGACCCCCCACGAGAAGUACAAGGAAGGCCAGGUAGCCAUCUCGACGGAGAACAUGAGAGCACGGUGGGACGGGCAGACUCGCCGCUGGGAGCAGAAAGUCAACACGCAGUGGGCUCGAAAGGAAAGGAACUCCAGCCUGGCAGCGGGCAACCUGGCGGGGAAUCGCACCGCUGACGCCAGCCAUGAGGACUCCGAGGUCACGGAGCUCAUGCAAAGACGGAAAAGGGGGAGGCACGCCCUCCAGAGCUCCUCCUCCAGCGAGAACCCGGACAUGCUCAACGAGGAGCUUCCCUCCUGCGCCUUGGAACAAGAAGCAGAUGAGGAAGAGGUCUGUGUGGAAGAGCCGGAAAACGAAGCUGCGGGAUCUUCGACGGAUGCAGCGAGGCCUGUGGAAGUGGGAGGGGCAGUUGUGCCCGGCCUGAACGACCUCGAUCCUCGCAUCAGGUGGUGGUGCGAUAUCAUUGGAUUGACAAAUCCAAUGAACUCCACAGAGCACCUCAACGUCCUGAGCCCCAAUACUACAAAUACCAUAAUCAGCAACUUGCAGGGGCAGGAUGACAUCGAGCGCGCCAGAAAUGUCCAGAGUGUCCUCAGCUUCGUCGGCCUCUUCAUAGCCGAGCUUCUACGUGCCACACACGAGGCGGAACACGGUGAUCGAGUGGUGCUCAUGCAGAACUCGCUUAGCCUGGGGCCGGGAAGCUUCGCCAAGAUACUGGCCCAGCUGCAGGAGGACUUCGACCGCAUGGGCAAGGACAGGGCGAUGCAUGCGGCCAGGGGGCUACUGCAGCGCCUGAACGCGCUUGGUGUGGACGGCAAGGGCAAGAGGCUGCUCAACAGAAAGCUCAGACUCACGGCCCUGCUGGUGGCACACAGUGUAGGAAUGGACAAGUACCAGGAAGGGAAAGAGUGCGGAGCCACUGGCUUCGAGUGGGAGCAGGGCUGGCUAUGGGAAAGGGUGGCACCGUUUCUCAAGGAAGAGGAUGCAGGGAACGGGCAGCAUGAAAGGGCCAGUAGCUCCGGAGAUGCUGCAGGAGCCCUGGAUGAUGAUGACGAGCGGGAGGGCAUCCUUGUUAGAAGAGCACCGGACCGGGAAUGGGGAAAGCCGACCCAAGAAGAAGUUCAGGAAAUCCUGCAGCACGACGCUGCGCUCAGGGCAGAAGCGGACUGGGAGGACUGGGCCAUGACGAGCGAGAUGAACAGCACCUUGGAGGGCACCAUGGCAGCCGAAGCCUCCCCAAUGGUCACAAUGACCAUGUCACACACACUGCUGGGACAGCCAGGGGAGUCGCACAUCAUCGGCCCGCCGACCCCGGACACGGUCCAGAUACCGGACAUGCAGGUGGCGGACCAGAUUGCCAGGGCAGAGGCCCCGGAAGACUUGGACAAAUUCCUGCGUUCGGAGCAUGGUGGGAGGUGGUUCUUAAAUUGGCAGGCGGGACAGGUCGACAAUGACAUGGUCUUGGCAAGGUGGGGCAAGGAAGUCCUGGAUGGGGCUGUUCGUCGUGACAAAGACCAUCCAGGAAAAGAGCCAGGGCAAGCAGGAACGCUCAAGAAUGAGACUGAGGGUGCUGAGGACAACGAGGGUCAGGGAACGGAAGAGGGAGAGGCAAGGGUCGACGCGGAGCAGGACGUCAUGGAGGAAGAUGACCACAUAGAGGAGCGCGAAGACGUGAUCCUCAUGCAGAAAGGGGUUUACCGAGACUACGAAAUGAUCCUGCAAAAGCUGUUGACCGAACUGGAGAACCUGGCCAAACCAAGGGCAGCCAGGCUGUACCACUUCCUCCAGCAAAUGCUCAUAGAUCAGAGAAGGCAAGCGCCACACCUCAGAAACCCUACUCUGGCGGACAGGCAUGAUCGCCUGUUGGCGCUUCUGACAGCCUUCGAGGCGGAUGAAACUGUUGUUAGAGGCGACGAGACCUCGUGGUGCAUGGACAUGUGGCAGCGCGUGCAGCCCUUCCUGGAGGAUGCCAAGACCCCGGGCGGUGCCAGGCCGGAAGAUGUCCCUGGGCCGAGCUCUGCCCAACCAGACAGCAUCGAGGUCAUAGACAGUCAGGAGCCAGUUGAGGAGGGCGGAUCCAAAAAGCAAGUGGUGCAACUGGAAGAUGGAACGCAACGUGACCUUACGGAACAAGAAGAGCAAGAACUGCUGGAGAAUGAGCUCAGGGAGGAAAUAGCAGCUGAAGAACUGAGAAAGGAAGAGCAGCUGAUGUGGAGGGACUUCCAUGCGGCGGAGCUCCGGACGUGGGAAGAUUGGGCGGCAAGUAGUGAGGACUUCCUGCGAGGGCGGAAGAAGAGGGCCAGGGUACAAGUUCUGGUCCAGGGCCAAGGUGGAAGAAUCAUCAAGCAGGAGAACUGGCUAGUGGGGCUGGGACCUGGAGAGCGACUUAGCUACUCGGUCAGCGUCGUCCAGGAUGAGGAGGAAAUGGAAAGAGAUCCGACGGCUACAUCCUCGGCAGCUGGAGAGGCACCAGCUCCAGAUGAUGCACAGGGGGAAGCACCAGGGAACACGGCCGAAGAGGAAGCAAGGAGCACGCUGCUGGUGACAGGAGAGAAGCCACCCGACAUGUGGGACGAGGCAAAGACGUCAGUGGCCAAUGUGAAUGACUUCAUGCAAACACCGCUGGCGACCAGGUUCUAUGAGUACUGGAAGCAGGGCACGGUGACGGAUAGAUUGGUUGGGCAGAGAUUCGGGUAUGGGGUGCUUGGACGCUUCUACAGCAGACGGUUGUGGGACCAGGGAUGUUUCGAUGGAAUGGAGAACGAGAGCGACCCGCGCGAGAUUGGAGGAAAUGCUGGCGCGGUAGCGGAGGACGACAGCUUCCCGGCAACGCAGCUCGAGACAGGGAUGGAAGAGCCCGGGAAUGUGGUCGGCAGCGUGGCACCUGAGGGAGGUAGUGAUCCGGCGGCCAGUUCGACAAUGUCAACGGAGGAUGCAACUCGAGCCGCUGCCGACUCGAACAAUGGCUCUGCUCCGAGAGAUGCAAGUGGCGCAGCCGGAGCUGCUCCUCCAAAUCCACCGCCGAGCUUCCAACACUGUGCGGCUUGGCCGCACAUGUCAAAUGCGGCUUUGAGAAACCACUACAGGAAGUGCGCUCCCAACAAGCUGAACGAGUACUUCUUCUUGUACAGCUGCGAGAAGCAGUGCGUGGCUUGCGCGCGGUACUGCGUGCGAGUCUUGAAUGUUGAUCCCCAGUGCUCCUCGAUGCGCAUGAGAGGUAUUGAUUGGGCAAGGCGCUCUUCCAGUUACCUUCAUGAAGACUUUCGCGUAUUCUGGGAAGAAGAGUGCGCGUAG